CUAGCAUUUUUGUUUGCCAAAAGGGAAAAAAUUGGGUGACGGCGGCAGAGGCGGUGGAUGCGAAGCGAGGAGCAGCUUGGGGUUCCUCCCUUCGCAAGGGCUAUACACCUUCGAUUCUUCCGAAGAGUUCUGGUGAAGAUUGAUUUAGCACAAUCCCAACAUGCAUGUCACGUCAUCUACUAAGUUCAAGUUCCAUGAUGAAGACACAUUGCUUCAGUCAGAGGUUCUUUAAUUCUGUAUCCCCUCUGGUCCCUGUGCAACUUCCAUCUCAAAUGGAAACCCAUCUUUGGUACAUUUUACCAAAUGAAGUGAAGAAUGCAUCCCUUCUCAGUCAAUAUCUGGAACUCCUAUCACCUUGUGAGAAAGAAAAUGUUUUGGGUAUGCGUGGAGAUGAGCUUAGGAAAAGAGCCCUGCUAGCCCGUGCCUUGGUUCGCACCACCAUAGCAAGAUAUCAGAUAAACUCUCAAGUUAGUCCGAGGUCUUUGAAGUUUACGAAGAACACCUAUGGGAAGCCUGAGGUGGAGUGGCAACAAAGUGAAGAUUCGCACCCACCACCGUUGCAUUUCAACCUAUCACAUACUUCCUCUUUGAUAGCCUGUGGGGUGGCAAUUGAUUCUCCAAUUGGUAUUGAUGUGGAAGAAAAGCAACGGACAAUAAAGCACGAUAUCUUGUCUUUUGCUAGGCGGUAUUUUUCGCAUGAAGAAGUGGAUUUCUUAGCAGCUGUUCCAAACGCUGAAGUUCAGCGUCAGGAGUUCAUAAAAUUGUGGACGCUAAAGGAAGCAUAUGUCAAAGCUCUGGGAAGGGGCUUCUCUGGUGCACCUUUCAAGACCUUUACCAUGCGGUACCAGGAUGCUACUAGAGGAACUUGUGACCUCUCUGGCAAUUUAAACUCUGAGGGCCCAUGUGUUGGGGGAGCAAUUACCAUACACUAUCCCUCAUGUGGCAGUGUGUCCCCACAAUGCUUCCACUCACCCGUGCGUUCUUCGGUUCCUUUGUCUAGGUUUUGACCUUCGUAAUGAGAAUUUACAUUUGCUGAGCCAAAAGAACGAGAAUUUACAUUUAACUACCAAGCAAAAUAACCCAAGUUAGGGUGGGUUUAACUUAAAUUAAGCGAAGUGUCUUUUCGUUUUUCCUUCCUAAUUUCUCGUUACGUUUUUUUGGAUUAAUCGUUCCUCUUGGUGGGAGGAAUCUAAAAACUAAACAAUUAUUAUGAAUGAAAGCUAAACAAAUUCAGUAAAGAUGUUUUUUUUUGUUGUUGUAAAACACCAAGAAUAGUCGGUCUUCAAGAAUUAUUAAUUUAGUUCAAAUUGUCUUUUACACCACUCAACAUUUAACAUCCAUCUUCGAUGCAGUGAAAAAAGGAAGCUAUCAUUUGUUUUUCACU